UGUGAAGAUGGAUAUGGAGAUGUUUAAGUUGGACCUCAUAUUGGUUCCUUUGAGUCUUUGUAUUAGUGCAUGCUACCAUGCAUAUAUAUGGCAGAGCUAUAAUGCUAAAGAACCAGUGACCAGUAUUGCAAUCACUUUGGGGAGGAGGAUUACUUGGCUUCAAGACAUUGUUAAGGAUGGUGAUGGGAAGAGAAGCAUGUUAGGAGUUCAAAGCUUUAGGAAUUCCUUAAUGUCACUAAUACUAUCAGCAGCCAUAGCAAUCACAGUGAACUCUUCAUUGGCAGCACUAGCAAACAACACAUACAACUCAAACCAUCUCCUCCACCAACACCCAAUCUUUGGCUCUCAAUCUGAAUCUUUGCUAGUUCUAAAAUACUCUUGUGUUUCAAUCUUUCUUCUUUUUAGUUUCUUGUGUAGUUCCAUAGCAGUGUGGCUCACCAUUGAAGCAAAUUUCUUGAUUAAUGCUACACAAGAUUAUGCUCAAGAUCAUGCACACAAGGUGAUGAAGAAGGGGGUUUUGUUGGGCAUUGUGGGGAAUAGAGUGCUAUUCAUGGCAUUACCUUUGUUAGUGUGGAUGAUUGGUCCUGUUGCAAUGGCUUUGUCAUCUUUUGCACUUCUUUUGGUGUUUUAUAAUCUUGAUUAUUAGUUUCUCUGGUUCUUUAGAGAUGAGUGAUUAAUUAAGGAUUGAGUUAUAAAUAUUAUGAAAAGUUUAUUUUUAAUGUUGAGAAAAAGUUCGUCAGAUGAAUGUCAUGCUGAUGUGUAUAUCAAUGUUUUCUUAAUUUGA